AACCAUCGCCGUGCUGACUUCCACCGAACAUUUAUCAAUCCACCACGCCUACCGCCUACACUCACUCCCCCUCGCUCAUUCACUCACCCACCCCCGCGCCUCGCCUUUGUCCAUCGCCCCUUGUCUUCAUCCUCUGGAAGGACUCCAAGACAACCGCUACAGUUGCCCUUUCGCUCACCACGCGGUCCCGCCUACUCCGACAUCAUGAGGCUGCGACAGCCGCGGACGGCCGCCCUCCUGUUUCUUCUGCCUGCCCUGCACGCCUUCGCAAAGGCAGCUCCCAACGCUGACAAGUCGCCCGCUGCGUCUAAAAUACUGGCCGCCGAGGCCACUCCUGACGCUUUGGCUACGCCCGUGCCAGCUUCCAAAGGAACCAAGGAUGCGCCCGUCGACGGAUUCGAUGGGAAGCCCCACCAGGGUCCCUAUGUCGAUGACAAGGUUGUGGCAUCUAAGAAGGGUCCCGGCGGCAUAGAAGAAUUGCGACCCGAUACCCACAAGAAACCAAAACCAGAGCCAACCAAGGAGGAAAUCGCGGCUGCGGUGGAAGAGGACGAUAGUGUCAUGAACGACCCCAAUAGAUCAUCACCAAAAGGCAAUACAGGUACUGAAGGCGGCAUGUCUGCCAAAGAUAAGGAGCGUCUAAAGCACGAAAAGACGGGCACCAAAGUGGAAAAAGUCCCAGAGCCUCCCAAGGCAGCUCCACCUCUGCCACACGGCGAGCAGCAGCAUCUCAAAGAGAAGGAGAAUACCAAUUCCAAUGGCGACAGCGCGGAUGCCGCUGAGACUCCCCGCGUACUUGGUGCCCAGGGCCUCGAGAAACCCACAGACCUUCCCGAAUCUCCUCACGAUAUCCCGCACCCGAUUCCACCGUCUUCGGCCAACAAGAAGGAUCCUCUGGACACAACCCCAAAAACGCCCGUGAAUGACUUGCCCGGCGAUGCCGAAGCUGGUGGUGUCAUUCAGCCAUUCCAUUCCUUUGUGCUCUCCUUCACUAUGAUCAUCUUUUCCGAGAUUGGAGACAAAACGUUCCUCGUCGCUGCACUAAUGGCUAUGCGCCAUCCUCGCCUUCUUGUGUUUUCAGCGGCUUUCUCAGCUCUCAUCGUCAUGACAGUUCUCUCUGCAGUGUUGGGUCAUGCCGUACCUACGCUCAUCCCGGAGCGCUUCACCCAUCUGGCCGCCGCUGGCCUUUUCCUUGUUUUUGGUGUCAAGCUUCUGCGAGAGGGUCUUGCCAUGAGCCCUGAUGAGGGCGUCGGUGAAGAGAUGCGCGAAGUCGAGCAAGAGCUGGAGGAGAAGGAAACCCUUGCACGAAACAGAGGCCACAGGAAGUCUUCCAUUUCUCCUUAUGUGCUUGAAUCUGGUCGUGCAGCUCGACGAUCGCGAUCCAAUUCCAGGCUUCCAGCUCCUGCUCGCAGCCCGUCGUCGUCUCCCGAUCGUGCUCCUUCUCCUGGUGUCUCGGGUGCUCUUGGCGGCUUGAACAACCUUUUCUCUCUACUUCUCAGCCCUGCGUGGGUGCAAACUUUCAUCAUGACUUUCCUUGGGGAGUGGGGUGAUCGUAGCCAGAUCGCCACCGUGGCCAUGGCAGCAGGUUCGGACUACUGGUGGGUGACAGGUGGUGCAAUUGUUGGCCACGGCCUUUGCACCGCGGGCGCUGUUAUCGGUGGACGUGCCAUCGCUGGAAGAGUGAGCAUGCGUGUUGUCACUCUUGGUGGUGCAAUCGCCUUUCUUUGCUUCGGCGUCAUCUACCUAUUUGAAGCCAUCUACCACGAGUAGAAACAGACCAUCGCCGAGAUGCGGCGCACAUCGCAAGUCCCACUUCGAUACACUGCUCACGUACUGCUACACUAUUGUAAUCCACCGCUUGGUUUUCGCUGUUCGAUCUUUUACUUUCUUUUUGUAAAUUAGUUUGGCAAGCGAGGGGCGCUUGUACGUUUCUCAUGGAAAGGGAAAAGGAGUUUGGGACGUUUGCAUAACACGCGGAGGAUCAUUGGAAUGCCCCCCACCUGACAAAAGUAAAGAGGCAUAUACCAACAUAAAAAACAAACAGACAUAAAGACCCAUAAAAGCUCCAUUUAGCAAAUAAUGAGUAUUUCAUAUCUACUUAAGUAGCUACUGGAGUGUACACUUCUUUUUCCAACGGGGGCAGGUACACAUUUUCGUUGUUCUACGUCUGGAAGGCACUACAUAGCCAGCUCAAGCACUGCAUGUUAGGACGGCAUAACACUUCCAACACUUCCAUUCAAGCCCUUCCAUCGCAACCGGGUCGGCAAGCAUUCCCAAUCACAUUCAUACACAACCUUCAAAUAUGGCCAAUAGAGACAGCUCGUGCCCAAAAAGCUCAAACGGAAUUAAAUCCCACCACGAAACGGACCCGAAGACGCACUUCCCGUUAGAAGAACCACAAAACGUUCGUGCGCGCCCUUCGCACUUCUCCACCCCCGCUUCAUCGUGUACAGCGUCUAGAACCAAUCAACGAACCCCCAUUCUCAAGUUCUAGUCAAGUUGGCUCUGCAUUUCCCAGGAUUUUCAACUCAACAAUGGUUCUACAUGUGCUUGACGUCUGGCCAACCAGGCGUUUUGUUUUUAUGCCGUUGUCAUGCGCAAACAGACUGACCACCACAUACAGAUCCAUAUACGUGAAGACCGACUGGUACCGUGCCGGAAUAUUCACAGCCGCGAGGCUCACGGACAUGGAAAUCGCGCGGGAUAUGUCGGAAGACGUUCACAGACGAAGUCGUAAUGUA